CAGUCUUAGAGGAUCCAUACAAAUGGUUCUCUACUAACGUUACAUUCCACGAUGACUCUGCAUACGGCAAUUUUGAGGUCUCCACUCGUUCACAGAGUGGGACAAAUCUUUGUUAACUCGGCAACAAGACCUAGAAGGUUCAGCAAGUUUUACCAUCUUAGACGUCUCAAGACAUUACUUCCAGCACCACAAACUUCUUGCUGUAUCCACACAACUACAGCCCAACAGACUAGGGAGGCUUCUAGAACUGGGUUUGAUGACUACGAAGCAGGGAGGAGAGAUUUCCACCUGGAAGUGCCAGAACAUUUCAACUUCGCUAAUGUGAUCGAUGACUGGGCUAAGAAAGAAAAGACAAAAGAGAGAGCAGACAACCCUGCCCUGUGGUGGAUAGAUGACCACGGGAACCAGCUGCAGUGGAACUUUCAACAACUGGCAGAAUAUUCCAGAAAAGUGGCCAACGUUCUCCAGUCCUCCUGUGGCCUGAGACAUGGUGACAGAGCAGUGGUCAUCCUCCCCAGGGUGCCAGAGUGGUGGCUGGUCAACAUCGCCUGUCUGAGAGCAGGUGUUGUACUAAGUCCAGGGACCACUCAGCUGAUGCCGAAGGACAUCCUCCACCGCCUGCACAUGUCUGGAGCCAAGUGUAUCAUCGCUGAUGACAUCAUCGCAGAGAGAGUGGACCAGGUGUCUGCCCAGUGCCCUGACCUGAAGGUGAAGUUGUUAGUGUCUGAGACUGGCCAGACCAGAGAUGGAUGGUUGGACUACAGACAGCUUUACAGGGAGGCCUCACAGCAUCAUGAGGUUGCUAAGACCCUGAGUGCUGAGCCUAUGCAGUUGUUCUUCACCAGUGGCACUACAGGGGCACCCAAGAUGGCGGAACACACACAUGCUAGCUAUGGGCUGGGGCACAUCAUUACUGGCAGAUACUGGCUGGACCUUACAUCUAAUGACAUGGUCUGGAACAUGUCUGACACUGGCUGGGCCAAGUCUGCCUACAGUAACCUGUUUGGGCCCUGGGUGCAGGGGGCCUGCGUGUUCAUCCACCACACACCCAAGUUUGAUCCUGUGGAAACACUCAAGGUGUUGUCCAGGGUGCCCAUCAGCACCAUGUGCACCCCUCCCACGGCGUACCGCAUGAUGAUUCAGAACGACCUGUCUCAGUACGACCUGUCGAGGCUGGAACAUGUGGUUAGUGCAGGGGAACCGCUGAACCCAGAGGUGAUGAGUGAGUGGAAGGCAGGCACAGGGCUGACCAUCAGGGAGGGGUACGGGCAGUCUGAAACAUGCCUAGCCUGCGGAAUGUUCCGAUGUCUGGACGUGCGACCAGGUUCCAUGGGAAAACCUGCUCCGGGCUACGAUCUUAGGGUGAUCGAUGACAAGUGUCAGGAGUUGGAGCCUGGGAAGGAAGGUGACCUUGCCAUCAAGGUCAAACCCCACCCACCAGUGGGACUGUUUACUCGGUACUUGGAUGACCCCGAGCGUACUGCGGGUGCGUUCCGUGAGGAUUACUACGUGAUGGGGGACCGUGGGCUCCGGGACGAGGACGGCUACCUCUGGUUCGUGGGGAGGGCGGAUGAUGUCAUCCUCUCAGCAGGGUACCGAAUAGGUCCAUUUGAGGUGGAGAGUGCCCUUAUAGAACACCCUGCAGUGGCAGAGUCAGCUGUAGUCAGCAGUCCUGAUCCUAUCAGGGGACAGGUUGUGAAGGCGUUCAUAAUCCUCUCACCGAGUUAUCAGGGCGUCAGUCAGAGGGAGGAGCUCAUCAAAGACAUACAAGAACAUGUCAAGAAAACUACUGCUCCUUACAAGUACCCCAGACAGAUCGAGUUUGUUGACGAGCUGCCGAAGACGGUCAGUGGUAAGAUCAGGAGGGUGGAGCUGAGGACCAAGGAGUGGGACAAGACUUCUUAAAGACUUCUUAAGAUAUCACAGAAGAUUGGCAAGCAAUGCAUGCCAUGCACAUAAGCAUUAUAAUAUCAUAAUAUUUUGAUAAUGAACUAUUCAGAAUCUAAUAACAAGAAUCUAAAUAACAUCAUAACGAAUGUAACACAAUUUUAAACAAAACGAAUGUAACACAACUUUAAACAAAAUUUCAUGUACAGGACAGCUAUAUUUGCAGGCAUAAUCGCAAUCCUCACUGUCUAGCAAGGCUGGUAUGGUUCAUUUUUGUAGGCUCUAAUUGCAAAGAGAGGUAGGUUUUGAUAGACGUUGCCAAGCACUUGUCAAAUAGAGAUGCAAAUUGGAGUCCAAAGUGGGGAGAAACUUAAUCUAUAAUCUGAAUGGAGAUUUUGAGGGGGCAAAAUUCUAACUUUAUGAUCAUGGGCCAAGUCACAAAUAGAUCUGCCUCCCCUUUGAGUAAAGGUCAAGUCUUUGAACUUUGACUCCUUGUCCUGAACCUGUCCAUGACUCCGUUGCCGGGCAACAAGUAUUGCAUCAUGCAUUGUUUACAAUUGGCCGGUGAUGUGGUAAGCGCUUCAUUGAGACCAUAAAUCGUGUCGCAAAAUAAUCAGCUUUUACACAGUCACUUAGUUUUUGUUACAAGUGGUUAAAGUGUUAGUUGAUGGAGGGGCAAUUUUUGUUGUUAUAUGGCAUUCCUGGUAAAACCGCUUCAUGAAAUAACACACCAAGUGAAGAGUACAAGGUGUACAGUACUGUAUAUCUGGACUACAUGAUUAAUUUGAUCCACACACUCGGAUGGUGCACUACUUUUGUCAAUAAGUGUGGUGGGUUCUUUUAUAUAAUUACGUGCUUGAGGUAUG